UUGUCGAAUUACCACAUAACACGUUAGUCAGAGCAGCAGGGCAAAAUGCAUAACAGUAUCAGCAAUUAAUGUGGCAGUUAUCAAAAAGAAAUAAAAUAAACUAAAGAAACGCUUUUAACUGCUAUAACAACCACUAAAUUAUGAGCGACAUUGUCCAUGAAAAACUCUAAAGAGCGAUAACUGACAGAGACUAGCAUAAUAUAUAUACCAAACUAUAAGCUUUUUAAUUAAAAAAGGAAUUGAAGUCAACACAUUACCUUCUAUUCUUCUAAUAAUAGUAAAAAAAAAAAAAAAAAGAGGGUUCAAAUCACUUAAUCACAUUACAUUACCUAAGCAUUUAGAAUGAACCCUUCAAAAAAAAAUGAAAGGAUAAAGAUAUUCAUUCAUUCAUUGAUAUUCCAAUGAAAACUUGGGUUGUACCAUUAAAUGGCCGUCCAAAUAGAUUUGACUAGACAACUCAAUCCAAACAUCCACGCACCCUCACGCUCACUCUUUGGAGCGUCAAGUAUUCAUUCCGCCAGACAAAACCACACACCCCCACUUCUUCGCUAUUUAUAUCCCUUAUUUCCUUUGUCUCUCUUUUAUCCCACAACUCCCUCUUUCUCUCUCUAAAACUCCCCACUUCCUCUCUCUAAAAAUAUGGCUCCUAAACAAAUCAAUAGCAAUAACAAUGCUCCUCAUAAUCCUACUCCCUCCUCCGCCGCCUAUUCCGCGGUAGUCGUAACACCACAAACUGAGAUUAAAUAUCGAGGGGUUAGGAAGCGGCCGUGGGGCCGAUAUGCCGCCGAGAUCCGUGACCCCUUGAAGAAGACGCGCGUGUGGUUGGGCACCUUUAACACCGCGGAAGAAGCGGCGCGUGCUUACGACAACGCCGCCCGAGAGUUCCGCGGUGCUAAGGCUAGGACUAAUUUCACUUACUUUGAUCAGCAGUGUCUCAGCGCCAAUGGUGAUAAUAACAGUCUCACCACCGUCGAAUCUGGAGGCGCGUGCGUCGACGCGCAUCCGCCGCAUCUCGGAAUUUCUCUCUCCGGCGCCGACAGUGGUGGUCCUUAUGUGAUGUACGGAAUGUUAGCAAAGAGAGUGAGUGACAUACGAGAAGCGUUCAGGUGUGGGCGCGUGUUGGGUAGCAAUGAUGGAACGCAGAAUCAAAGUGAAAUAUCAGCCGUUGUUUCUGGUGAUGGACGGCAGAGGAUGGUUUUUGAUCUUGAUCUUAAUUUGGCCCCACCUCGAGAAGUUGUAUGAAUGAUGAUUAUCUCAUUGUAGUUCUUUGAAAUGGGCCCCACUUUAAAUUAGUCUUUUUUUUUUAUAUUAAAUUUUAAUUUGGUGGUUUAUCUUAAGAUUAUGAUGAAAAAAAAAGGGAAAAAGAAAAUGAAUAGAAGACAGGAAGAAUUAGGGAGGAGAGAGUUGAAUUGCGAGCCUUAAUUUUGUAUUUUGAAGAUAAAGGCGAGCUCUUAUCUUGUCAGAGUUUUUGUAAAUACAAGUAGUAACAAACAUCCUUUUUAUUUAAUUAGUAAAUUAUUAAUCUAUUUUUAUUAUAGUUAUUAGCA